GUGCGCAUGCGUGAGCUAAAUAGCUACACCAUUUUUCACUUCUUUCUCUUCCCAAAACUGAAAGCCGCAGCACUGAUACUGCGAUGCUCAAUUAGUGCGACUUAGUAGUGUUAUAUUAGUGAAAGUGAUAUUUUAUUUAGUUGGACCUCUGUAGUUUGUGCAAACAUGUCGCCCAAGUUACCAGUGCCGCCGCUACAGGAGAUCACUCUGUCGUUAGUGGCGAGACAGUUGAUCCACGCCCUGUCUCGUGUUUCAUCUGAAGAAGAUUCCGCGCUGGAGUUCGCUAUGGUCUCCUCGUACUACGAGAGCAUGGGCGCCACCAAUGACAUAUUCCAGGAUCUCAUUAACUUAAUACUUAGCUCGGAGUACUUAGAACCCUCCGUUAGAUACUACACAAUGAAACUACUGCUCAAAGAAAACGUCAAAAGUUUAGCGACGGGAAUCUUUCCUCUACCCUAUUAUAGGAAGGUCCUUGAGCUCAUUAUGGAGCAAGGUCACCACUUGACUGCUCUCAAUUUGAAAGGAGUAUGGGUUAAGGACGACCACUUGCCAAUAAUGUAUCAGUUGUUGAAAAAUCUUCCUAAUUUAACAUGUUUAAAUAUUCCAUACAUUGCUAACGACGAAGUGCUCAAAUAUAUCGGCAAGUACAAUAAGGUGUUGAAGUUGUUGGACAUUUCUGGUGAAACGGACAUCACAGAGAUCGGUAUAGACGCUAUGUUGACGGGGAACCCGCAAUUAACUCAAAGUCUGACUGUGGUAAACAUAGGAAUGUACGGCGAGGAGAACAUUGAUCACACAGACGUCGCUUUAUUAAUACGGCGGCUGCCAAACCUCACUAAUCUUGGCAGUUACUCGUUUGUUGGUAAAUCUGUUUACUCGAUAUACAGGACGGACCCGGAUUUCAAAACAAAGCUCCAGUACAUGCAUGACGUGCAGACUAACAUGCGCACGAUGAAGGCGAUCAUUGCGCUGUGUCCCAUGAUAGAGACCAUUUACCUGGAGGAGCCGGACCAAGGUGUACUGCAGCAGAUCAAAGAGUUGAACAAUGUUACUAAGAUUAAGCUGAAUAAAUUCCAGUGUCACGAACUUCACCAGUUACUUGAUAAGGUUGGUCACAAGAUAGAAACGUUGAUGCUAUCUGCAUCUACAGGGUCGUUCAACUUCACCAGGGUCGCAGAAACAUGUAGGAAUCUGGAAAGUUUAGAGUUCUAUCAAAUACAAACGGCGACGCAUGAAGAAGAGAUACCGUUCAACAAUUUGCAGCACAUUGAAAUUAUUCACGGGAACCUGUCGACAUCGUGUCUCAAGUACCUGAUGACUGGUAGUCCUAAGCUAAAGAAAUUGAUUAUCGGCGACGAAAUCAAGUUGGAUGACAAUGAUAUGUCGCGGAUGCUUCGCCGAAACAAAUUCGAGCAUUUGGAGGGCAUUUGGUUCCCCAAUGCGCCGCGUUUGACAAGAGACACGGUCGACCUCUUGAUCGAGUGCUGUCCCAAACUUACGAGCCUCGGUCAGCUGAGCGGGUGGCAGUUCACUCCUGAUGACAUGAUGCUGAUGAGAGCAAUCACCGCAAGCACCAACACUGAUAUUGUAUUAUCACCCCUGGGGAUAUUCCAACAAGGACGUUAAGUGUGUAAGUGACAAUCGACUUUAUGAGGCGGUAUUAAAGCCUAGUUUGACAUGAUGUGGACUUAUUAGUUUUUCUACGCAGUGGCUAUGACUAUGUGCAUUUGUUUUAUAUAGAUAUCAAGCUUUUAAGUAGUCACACUGCUGGGUAAAGGUCUGUUAUACGGAGAAGGAAUGCGCAAUUGAUUGCUCACAACACAACACAAAACUUGCUCAUGGCCAAUUGUUGAUUUUACGAUUUAUCAUUUUAUCAGAAAGUUCCCAACUAGUGAAAUUCAAUACUUUUCGACAAAAACAAUAGCUUUUUAUGAAUUAUGUUUCACAAAAAUAUCAAUUUAAAUUACUUUUAAAUACUGUAUUAUUAUUUUUAGUGAAAACAAUAUGUUUUUGGUUACAGAAACAUAACCAUUGUCAAGUCCAGUUUAUCUCAAGAUAUCUUUCUUCGCCGUAUUAACUCGUCGAGUACCGGUUUUGUAGACACGAUUAUAGAACAAUAGGUUGCGGUCACCGGUGACCGCUUGGUGUUUGACAGUUUAAAGGCCUAUUUUUUUUUAUACAUAUUGAAAAAAUUUUUGAUACAUAUUUCUCAUUCUGAGAAUUUAAAUUCAUCGCCAACUCAGGUUUGUUAAAAUAUAAUAAAUAUAAAAAUGGAUGUAUAAAAUGACUUAUUUAUAAAUUAGUUUCUGAAAUUAAGAAUGUAUUGUAUGUAUAGACACGUAGGUAAUUAAUUUUUUACGUCUUUAUAACUUCUUUACUAUACGGUACGUACUGAAAUAUAUAAAAUUUUUUUUUU